AUGAGGGAUGACUCUAGAAAAGAUUCUCCGCCACUUAUAAAGAAAAUCGAUGGGAUCCCAAAACUAUCGGUAGAGCCAAGUGAGAAGAAGAUGCCAUCUCCAAACAAACGACUCGGUGUGAUGCCACGACUGAAGAAACCUGAGCCCGAUUCCGUUCCCUUGAUCCCAAUUGAUGAAAAGUUUAAGAAACGAUGGCACAUUGAAGGUAUUAUCGGAAAAGGAGGUUAUGGGGAGAUUUAUACUGCAAUCGACAUGAAAAUAGCAGAAGAAGUAGCAAUAAAGGCGGAACCAAUGGAACGGAAAGGGAAAGUAGCACGGAGAAUGAUUUUGGAGCAGGCGGUGUUAGUGAAGUUACAGGGAAAACCGCAUUCGCCGUUGAUUUUAGGAUCAGGUCAUACUGAGAAAUUCAACUAUAUCGUUCUCCAAUUGCUAAGUAUUAACUUAGGGGAUAUUCGAAGAAUGAGCCCAACUAGAAAAUUGAGCAAGUCAACCGUUGGAAGAAUCACAGUUCAAUCAAUUGCUGCUUUACGGGAUCUCCAUGAAAUUGGUUAUCUGCAUCGAGACGUCAAACCGGCCAACAUCUGUUUUGGAAUCACUCCAACGACGCGUCAUGUGCUCAAAUUGCUAGAUUACGGUCUCGUUCGUAGGUACAAAGAAGCAGACGGAGAAUGGAGACAACAUCGUGCGAAGGCUGGAUUUCGUGGAACACAGAGAUACGUCUCCACACGUGUCCAUCGUCGUCUCGAGCAAACACCAGCUGAUGACAUGGUUUCUUUGAUGUACACUGCGUUCGAGCUUUUGGCCGGUGAGCUUCCCUGGAGAAAUCUUGAGAAGAGUGAUGACAUUUGGAAAAUUAAAGAAGCAGUUCAAUACGGGCAUAUUGAGUACUUCAGUGGAAUGGCACGCGAACUGUUUGACUUUUCUAAACUCGUUUCUGGACUCGACCCGAUGGUGGACCCACCUUACGCAACUCUCCAAACAUGCGUGAAGAAAUUGUACUCACCAAAGAAGCUUACAGAUCUAUACGAUUGGGAGGAAAACUUCAAAGAAGCAAUAUUAGAGAAGACUUUGUCAACGGACGACAGUAGCCAGUAA